AUGUUUUGCCAUUCAUUUACGUUCUAUAUAUCUGAUACUGCUCAUAUCUAUCUAUCUGUCUCAUACUGUUCAUAUCUAUCUACCUGUCUGUCUAUCUAUCUAUCUUUCUAUCUCAUACUUUUCAUUAUCUAUCUCAUACUCUGUGCAUAUAUCUAUCUCAUUCAUUAUCUAUCUCAUACUCUGCAUAUCUAUAUUAUACUGUUCAUAUCUAUUUUUCUCUCUGUCUGUCUGUCUAUACUUUUCAUUAUCUAUCUAUCUAUCUAUCUAUCUGUCUGUCUGUCUGUCUCAUACUGUUCAUAUCUAUCUCAUAAUAUUUAUAUCUAUAUAUCGCAUAUCUUUUCAUUAUCUAUUUGUCUCAUACUUUUGACAUCUAUCUAUCUUAUACUGUUCUUAUCUAUCUAUCUAGCUAUCUAUCUAUAUGUCUGUCUAUCUAUCUGUCUGUCUAUCUAUCUGUCUACUCUUCAUAUCUAUCUUAUACUGUUCAUAUCUAUCUAUCUAUCUAUCUUACCGUACGCCGCCAAGAUAUGGUCCGUCGGCCUCUCUCUCUCUCUCUCUCUCUCUCUCUCUCUCUCUCUCUCUCUCUCUCUCUCUCUGCCAGUGGGUGGCUGUUUAUUUUCCUUCAUUGUUAUGUGUAUAUACGGCGGAAACGUGUACUUAAUGCUUCGUGUUUGUUUUCCCGCGCAUUUACUGCGAUCAACGCGCCAAGGGUUGGGCAAGAAAAUAUGGCUGCCGAGCAAUGGCGUCACAUGGAAGCCAUUAACGUUCGGCACAAACGAUUGGCAAUGA